AUGACUGAUGUUGUAAAGACCCACAGCAUGAUCGAUCCUAUUUGGAAAGAUCGAGCUGAACGAGCAUUGAAACAUAUUUGUCGUACGAUUGACAUCAAACAGCGACGUGAUGCUAUACCACUUUUUGCAAGUAUUGCCGAACGAUACAAAAAUGUACGACGUCCAACUAUUGUUUCUGAACCUAAACCAGCUGACAAAUGCUCAACACUCUACACAAGUUGUGCCUAUAAUGAAUUAACGGGUGAUAACUUAACUUGUACGCUUUCAAUCUUACCUCACAUUGAUCAAAUACCACAUAUGUUUACCUAUGUUCCUUUACAAAGAAAUUUCGUCUGUGACACAAUGACAAAUUUAUCUGAUUUGAUACUAGAAGAAGACGAUGAGGAUAUUAAAAAUCUUCUAAGAUCAGUUCAAUCUGACCAAUCAUCAUCAAUUUCACAAUCAAGCAAAGACAUGCGACCAUCUUCCUCGUCGAAACGAACACGUCGUUCGUCGAAAACAUCACCUAUCAACAAUAAAGACAAUGAAUAUAUCUUCGACGAAGAACACUUGUUAGAAUUAUUAAAACGCCUGAAGCAACAACCAGGACAUACCGCAGCACCGAUGACAGCUGAUGAUGAAUUACAUCUUCUUGAAACAUUGCUGCAACUUUAUCCUGCUUCUGCGGAUCUCAUUCGUGAUCGAUUCGGUACUGUCUUCGAAUCGAAACGAACACAACCGAAAGAAUUCACUCCCAAUGUCGAUAAUUGCUCGUUAGCAUUGGACACAACUGUUGACAAUCUUCUACAUUCAUAUUUUAUGCUAUUCUGUCGUCGCUGUCACCGUUACGAUUGUUUUCUACAUAGAGAUAAACAACCCACGCCUGACUUAACUGUGAAACCAAAGAAAUUCCAUUCUCUUUACCGCCCAUGUGGUCGUCACUGUUAUCAAAUGAACGGUGUUUCAUCCCGAUCAGCAAAAAUUGAGUUAAAACGAAGUUUUAGUGAAUUACCUGAUAAUAAAACAUCCAAAAUUCCUAUCAAUGGUUUUCAUUCAAAACGUCCAAAGUUAUCCAUAGUUAAAAGUGAACCAUUAUCACCAAAUUUGAAUGGUUUAACUAAUGGUUUUCUUCUCAAGCCAUCUGUCAAGCGAAAACUAACCGAUGAAAUUUUGGAAUGGUCACCAAGUGACAAAUCUUUAUUUCGAGUUUUUCAUACGAUCUAUGGUGAUAAUGUCUGUAUGAUUGCUGAUCUGUUGGGUAAACCGUGUUCACAAGUUUACAUGUUUUAUAACAAUGAAGUGUUAGUUAACGAGAAGAAUCUUCUUUUACAACGGCAAAAUUCAUCUGCGAGCACGUCAACAAUUGAAUCAUUUUCCGGAAUAACUUCGUCAUUGUCCUCGGACUCGGGUGAUGUAAGAAUCAACGGUGAACAUAAGAAGAAAAAAUUGAACGGAGCCAAAGCAACAACAACAGAUGGUAUAGAAGGAUCUUUACCUAAGGAAAAUGGAAAGGAUGACCAUCAUUUGACGAAUCACUGUCGUUCAUCAUCAGCAUCACGCCGUACUCAUUCCUCGUCAUUUCGUCGCCAACGCAGUUAUCAACAGAUCUUACUAACUCAUCAUAACAAUCAUUCGUCAGAAAAGAAACGCCAUACCUACUAUCCUUGUGAUCAUGAUCGGUCAAUGCCGUGCAAUGAAGAUUGCUUUUGUGUUCGUUCGGGUAACUUUUGUGAAAAAUAUUGCUGUUGUUCGUCAACCAAAUGUGAUAAUCGUUUUCCUGGUUGUCGUUGCCGGUCAUCGUGUACAACCAAACAAUGUCCAUGUUAUGCAGCUGCACGUGAAUGUGAUCCGGACUUAUGUACACAAUGUGGCGCCGAUGAUUUCCGAAGUGUUAACAAUGAAUUAAAAACGAGUACAUCAUGCUCAUGUCAUAAUGUUGCCAUACAACGUAGUUUACAUAAGCCACUCUUGUUAGCUGAGUCAGAUGUUGCAGGUUGGGGCAUAUUCACCCAAGUGAAUAUUCAACGAAACGAAUUUAUCGCUGAAUAUUGUGGAGAGAUUUUAACUCAAGAUGAAGGUGAAUUGCGCGGUCGGAUGUAUGAUACAAUAGGAACGAGUUUUUUAUUUGAUCUUAACGAAGAAUAUAUGGUAGAUGCCACACGUCGUGGAAAUAAAAUACGUUUUGCUAAUCAUUCGAUUAAUCCAAACUGCUACGCGAAAGUGAUUAUGGUCAAUGGCGAUCAUCGAAUAGGUAUUUACUGUAAACGUUCGAUCAACGCCGGCGAAGAAUUGUUUUUCGACUAUCGUUAUGGAGCGAAUCAUCAUUUACGUUUUGUUGGUGUCGAGAAAAAUACUUCAGCAGAUCAACUUGAUACAUAA